GGUUCAUCUUGUAGCUGGGCUCUUUUUAAGUUAGCAGAUCGCAUGUAUCCCAAAGCGCGGUGAUGUAGAUUCCGAGGGGUGGUGGUGUUAAAACAUUUGGAAUAUAGGAUUCAGAAGGGGAUGGUGGUAGGGUUUUUCUUUUAAUAGGAAUCCCCCCCCCCAAAAAGAGUAAAUUCGCGCAAAGGGUUUGAGGGGUUUAUUCAAGCCAGCAACGCUGUAUUCAGCGAUCUCGGAGGAAGCGGAAGAGGAACAAGAGUUGAGCCACCUGGCUUGCUACGUGCACGGCCAAGAAGGGGGGAAAACUUGGCUCUCUGGUGGGCCAGGCUCGUUGCGAGGACUCCUGGGAUGGAAACCUGACUGUAGCAAUCCAAGAAGUGGCGGAGAGACCUGCAUCGAUGCCUUCCACGCUGACCAAGCCGAAGACGGGCUUGUGGAGCGAGAGACUUGGGGGUUUGUCUCUGCCUGAGGAGAUUCUCGAAGCGGAACGGGGCUGUUGACGUAAACUUUAUAAACGGCGUUUACAUCGCUUCAAGGCAGAGCUCCCGGGGCCUGAAGCAUUCAAAUUAUCUCUCCCCCCCCCCACGAGUUCCCCUUUGCCUACUUUUCCGUUUUUGUUAAAUUAGCCUUUAAAAGGACAAUUUAGGAAGCGAGGCUUCCCUCGCCUUGCCCAUGUGUCUUGGGGACAGCUGCUCUCCCCCCUUCUUUCGGUUUAGCGCCGGUAUUUUGACAGACUUGCCCUCUCCCCCCGCCCCAAAGCCGUUACCCAGACGGCCAGCCUGCCGGAGGGGAGGGGAGGGGCAGUCCUGGCUCCUCUCCCGCUUAGUCAGGGCCGAGAGGUGGGGGAGGGCACACCUCGUGGCGUAGGCAGCAGCAGCAGCUUAUGCCAAGCACCAGUUGAAGAACAAAGAAGGAAGAAGCGGCGAGAGGGCCACUCUCAAGUUACUUUCUGCACCAGCCAGCCCCGGCCGUCCCGCAAGCGUCAGACGCCGCCUUUGCAAAGGACCCCGCUGGAAGCCGCCUUCUCUUCUCCUCCGCUCUUUUCUCCCCCUCCCUUCUCCCCCCCUUUCUUUUCCAAACUUUCUUUCUCCCUUCCUGGCGAUAAAAGGAGGGGGAUCUCCCACAAAAAGGCGGGAAGGGCGCCGAAAUGAAAGCUCAGAAAAGUGCUGCUGCAAUAUCAGGCAGUGAGACAGAAGACGAUGACAGCAUGGACGUCCCCUUGGAUCUCUCUUCUUCUGCCUGCUCAAUCAAGAGGAGGAGACGGGGUAACCUGCCCAAAGAAUCGGUGCAGAUUCUUCGGGACUGGCUGUAUGAGCACCGUUAUAAUGCUUAUCCUUCUGAACAAGAGAAAGCACUAUUGUCAAGACAGACGCACCUUUCCACACUACAGGUCUGCAACUGGUUCAUCAAUGCACGGCGCAGGCUUUUGCCUGACAUGUUGAGGAAGGAUGGGAAGGACCCAAAUCAAUUUACUAUCUCACGAAGAGGGACCAAGGUAAUUGAUGGCCAUCCGGUGGAAUUUUCCAGCUCAAAAAACUGCAUUCCCCUGAUUGAGAGCUCCUUCCUCUCUGGUAGCCCAAGACCAAACAAGACUUGCAAUGCUCCUUCUCCAGGAUCUCUUUUGGCUCGUCCCUCAGUAAUUUGUCAUACUACCGUAACCGCACUGAAAGAUGUCCCUUUCCAUUUCAAUCAGCCUGCCGGUACAGGUCAGACCACAGAUGACCUUCAGUGGGCUUCGCCUACCAACUUUACAGAUAACUCUCUCCUAUUCCAUGAGGAUAAGUUGGGACCUAGUUCAAAUGCACAAAGUGGGCUUUUCAACACUCCUCCUCCAACUCCCCCAGAUCUCAAUCAGGACUUCAGUGGAUUUCAACUCCUGGUGGAUGUUGCACUGAAACAGGCAGCAGAGAUGGAACUGCAGGCAAAACUCAUGGCAUAAAUUGUUCUUCAUAUUUUCUCUUCCCUCAACAGGAAUGUAACAGAAAUAUGUGGCAAUUGUUUCAAUGAUAUCAAGGAUUUAACUGCAUUAUUUGUUCUAAUUAAUCUUAUUUGCACAAGGGAUUGCUGAAAUGAAGCUUCCUAUCCCUGUUAUGGUCUUCAGUGGAUUCCAGUCAUUCCAAGAAUUAUAAACUUAAAGCUACUGUAGAAGCAACCCCCCCGCCUUUUAAAAGUUUCUUAGUAGGGUUCCCCCCCCCCCAUAAUGUGAGAUGGUACCCAAGAUCAUGUGAUUUUGUUUUGUUUUCAUUAUUUGUCUCUUUCAGACUGUGCAAUAUUUAGUAACAAGAUUAGUAUUCCUAUCAUUCCCAUGUGGAACAAAAUGUACCAACAGGCUAUCUUUAAAAAAUUCAGAUUUUAAAACAAGUUUGGAUUUGAAUGAUUAUACUUUUUCAUGAUAUAAUAAAAUAUUUUCUUUAAUA